AUGGACCUCUUAUCUGAGUUCCAUUGUUCUAAUGUCUCUUCAGUGGUGGCUCCUCUUGACCCUCAUGUUAAAUUGUCUGCUGAGCUUGGUGAGCUUUUGCCUGAUCCCUCUCUUUAUAGGAGGCUUGUGGGUAAGCUAAAUUAUCUUCAGCACAGACCUGAUUUGUCUUUUACAGUCCAGCAUUUAAGCCAAUUCAUGUCUUCCCCAAGAGUUCCCCAUUUGAAUGUUGUUUUACAUGUCUUACGAUAUUUGUCUAGUACUAGCACUUUGGGGUUAUUGUUUUCUGCUGGUUCUCCAUUUUCUCUCCAAAGUUAUUGUGACUCUGAUUGGGCGAGUUGUGCUGAUUCGAGGAGGUCAGUUAGUGGUUUUAUUCUGUUUCUUGGUGACUGUCCUGUCUCUUGGAAGUCUAAGAAACAACUUACUAUUGCUUUGUCUUCUGCUGAGGCUGUGUAUAGGGGCUUGAGGUUGCUUGUUGCCGAGAUUACUUGGAUUCUCCGGCUACUGGCUGAGCUUGGGGUUUCUUCUCUCACUCCUGUGGACGUGUAUUGUGACAAUCAGGCAGUUGUGCAUAUUGCAAGAAACCCACUGUUUCAUGAGCGUACCAAGCAUAUCGAGGUGAACUGUCAUUUUAUGCGCAGUGCUUUGACUUCUGCCUCCUCUCAGUUGGCUGAUAUUUUUACCAAGUCAUUAGUAGGUGCUCAGCAACAGCUCCUUAUAUCCAAGCUUGGAAUGACCUCCCUUUCCAGCUUGCNNGGUACCCCAAAUGUGUAA